UAUUGGAUUUGGGACAAGGUUGCAGCCCCCGCAGCCGCGGCUGCACCAAACACCCCAUGAGAUAGCAGCCAGAGAAAAGCCGAGACUAUCACCCGGCAACGGCACGGACUUUCAACGUUUACCGGGAUUCUACGUCACCCAACCAUGACUUUAAUAUGAAACGCAGACCAAGACUCCAACAGUGCUUCUGAGCAAGUAGAGAGAGAGAGAUGGCAACGAUGGAGGUGGUGCACAGGAGUGUCAAGACGAAUGGGAUAGAGAUGCACAUAGCGGAGCAAGGGAGCGGGCCACUGGUUCUGUUUCUUCAUGGUUUUCCUGAGCUCUGGUUUUCAUGGCGACACCAGAUGGCAUUCAUGGCGAGGCAUGGGUACAGAGCAGUGGCUCCUGACCUUCGAGGCUAUGGCGACACCGAAGCCCCGCCUCUGCCGUACACGUCUUACACGGUGUUCCACAUUGUCGGAGACAUUGUCGGCCUUCUUGAUACUCUAGGAGAGGCGCAGGCUUUUGUGGUUGGACAUGACUGGGGUGCGCUGAUAGCUUGGCACCUCUGUUUGCUCAGGCCCGACAAGGUCAAGGCUCUCGUCAAUUUGGGCGUCCCCUUUUGGCCUCGCUCGCCGCUUCGCAAACCCGUUGAGUCCAUGGCUCGAGCCUAUGGCGAUGGGUUCUACAUCAACCAGUUUCAGGAGCCUGGAAGAGCUGAAAAGGCAUUUGCCUGCUAUGAUGCUUUGACAAUUAUGAAGAAGUUUUUGCUGAUCAACAAGCAGGAUCUAUUGAUUGCUCCGCCUGGGCAGGAGGUCAUUGAUUCUUUGGAAAUUCCAUCAUCACUACCACCUUGGAUUACUGAAGAAGAACUGCAAUAUUUUGCCUCCAAAUUCCAGAAAUCGGGGUUCACGGGGCCUCUGAACUACUAUCGAGCGAUGGAUCUGAAUUGGGAGCUUAUGGCGCCAUGGCAAGGGGCAAAAAUCAGUGUCCCCACAAAAUUUAUAGUAGGUAAUGAAGACAUUGGGUUUCAAUCUUUUGGGACAAAGUAUUACGUCAUUGGGCCUACAUUCAAGGAGUACGUACCAAAUCUUGAAGUCAUGAUAAUUGAGGGGCACCACUUUAUACAGCAAGAGAAGGCCAAACAAGUGAAUGAUGAGAUACUCUCCUUCUUUGGAAACCGUUCAGCUCUGUAACCCAUCCCACAAAAAAUGCACUAGCAACACCUUUCCACCAAUCUCAUGAGCAAGGGUUAGAGUUUCUCUUUCCUUGUUUUCCUUUUCUUCUUUGAUGGCUCAAGUUGCUAAAUAAGUUUCUUUUGCUUCACAACAAUAUGAAUGAAACAGUCCUGUUUAUGAUGUCCUGUAUAUGAAGGACCUGAGUGAGCUAUCAAGUAUCAAAAUGUCUAUUGAGUCUCUUUGAAAGCAUGUGAAUAGUAAUUAUUCUCUUGAUUGUAUUAUAAAUAAGUCUUGUAUGGGUGC